AUGACAUCCACCUCAGGAAAUUACACCAAUAUCGAAAUGGCUCCAUAUGAGGCACUAUACGGUCGUAUGUGUCGAUCUCCUAUCUGUUGGGAGGAAGUUAGAGAAAGAAAAUUAACAGGAGUAGAUAUUAUUCAAAUUAUCUCAGAGAAGGUACCAUUAAUUAAGCAGCGAUUGGAAACUACUUUCAGUCGCCAGAAAAGUUAUGCGGAUCCAAAAAAAAAAGAGAUAGAGUUUCAAGUUGGUGACUAUGUCUUUCUGAAAGUAUCACCAAUGAAGAGUGUUAUUCGUUUUGGAAAGAGGGGCAAGUUAUCUCCAAAGUAUGUGGGACCAUACGAGAUUAUAGAGCGCAUCGGAGCGGUAGCAUAUAAAUUAGAUCUACCGCUAGAUAUGUCACAAGUUCAUCCGGUGUUUCACAUAUCGAUGCUGCGAAAGUAUAUCGCAGAUCCUUCUCAUGUGAUUCAACCACAAGCUGUGGAGGUUAACGGGGAACUUUCUUACGAGGAGCAGCCUGUUGAGAUAGUAGAUACUCAACUGCGGAAACUUCGUACUAAGGAGAUUCCUAUGGUGAAAGUGCUGUGGAGAAAUCACUCUGUGGAGGAAUGUACGUGGGAGACGGAGGCGGAUAUGCGUCAGCGAUAUCCUUACCUGUUUCUACAAGGACCGAACAAGAACCGACGUGUCUACGAGCGGCUGGGGGCUGCCAAAACAGCCCCCUGGGCUGCCCUGUUCUGGGCAGAAUCUGCCCAGAAACAGGGCAGUGUCUGCUCUGGUGAGCAGGGCUAUUCUGCUCACGGGAGCAGACUGGUUCUGCUCGCCGGAGCAGAACCAUCACCGCCAUGA